AGACUAGUAACUUUCAUAUACUGCGUAUAAUCAACAUGAAGACUCGCAAUGCCGGCGUUCCUAAACCGUCGCCGACCGCGAGGAAAACGCCGCCGGCGAGAAAAUCCGCCUCGAAAGCAACGCCGUCAGUAGAGACUCCUAAAACCGUCGAGACGAAGCGGACUUCGGCCAGAGUAGCGAAUCAGGUCAAGAAGACUGAAACUACUCCCGUCGCUGCUUCCAAGCGCCGUCAAUCUUCAGCCGAGGAAGAGUCGGCUGGUAGUGGUAAGGCGACACCAGGCACUGGUGCGGCAACUGCAUCAGUAGGGAGAAGGACUUCUGCGAGAGCGAAGACACCGACAUCAUCGGUGUAUGUUUCAUCACUAACACAGCCUGCAAAAGUGAAAGGGAGACCAUCGAGUAAGAAGAAAAAGGUAGAUAUCAAGGAUGUGGAGUUGACUGAGGAGGAGGUUGUGGCCGAGUCUGAUGGAGAGCCUGCAGGGAUGGAAGAAAGAGUUGUAGCGGCAGAAGCGCCAGCCGUGGAGAAUGUUGAAGUUUCUGCAGCUGAUGAAAAAGGCGUGAUAGGAGUAGAACUGGAUCCUAGUAAGGAUGAAAAGGAUCCUAUUAUGGUGGAAGAAUUUGUAGUUGAAGAGGUUGCACAGUCUUCUGAUAGUGUGCGGUCCUGUGAUGAAGUGGUGUAUGUUGAAUUAGAAGAAUCUGGUGUUGAGGAGGUCGCAAAGUCUUCAGAGAGUCUGCCGCCCUGUGAUGAAGAUAAUUCUGUAGAGAAAGAAGAACCUGUAGUUGAGGAGGUUGCAAAGUCUCCGGAGAGUGUGCCGCCCGGUGAUGGAGAGGAUCAUGUUGAGAGAGAAGAAUCUCUAGUUGAGGAGGUUGCAAGGUCUUCAGAGAAUGAACCUCCCUGUGAUGAAGAAAAUCCUGUUGUGAUAGAAACAUCCAUAAUUGACGAUGUUGCAAAGACUUCAGAAAAUGAUGCGCCAUGUGAUUUAAGACAGUCUGUACUUGAGGUUGUGGCAAGGAACUCAGAGUAUGAGCCACUUUGUGCUGAAGAGGAUCCUAUUGAGAUAGAACAAUCUGUAGCUGAGGUAGUUACACAGUCUUCAGAAAGUAGACUGGCCUGCGAUGUUGGAGAAAGAGUGGAAUUGAAAGCUGAACAGGCCGAAGAGUCUAAAGGUACUGAUAUUGAUGAGGAGACCUAUUCUGAGCCUGCUAACAAGGUACAAAAUGACAAAGUGAGGUUACAAGGAGAAGAUACUGAUCUUGUAAAAGAGAUGUAUGAUGUUGAUGAGGAAAUGGAGGAGUAUGGUGAGAAAAUUGAUCUUGAGGAACAUGGAGAGGAGGAACUUCCAGGAGAUGAUGCAGAAGAUCAUGAAGAAGAAACUGUGGCAUUGGAGGAUGAACGCAAGCAGUUGAGCGCCAUCACAAAGGAGCGCAAGACAAAGAAAGAGCUGGAGAUAUUUAUUGAUGGUCUUGAUCCGGAUGUUGAGGCGGAUGAUGUGAGAAGGGUCUUUGAGAGGAUUGGCGGGAUAGUUGGGGUCAGGUUACAGAAGAAUCCUUCAACAAAUAAGAAUAAGGGUUAUGCAUAUGUGGAGUUCAAAGAUAAGGAGCAUGCAAGGCGUGCUUUGUUGGAAAUGAAAAAUCCUGCUAUUCGAGGGAAACAAUGUGGGACAGCACCCAGUGAGGACAAUACCACGUUGUUCGUAGGUAACAUUUGCAAUUCGUGGACAAAGGAAGCUAUAAAACAAAAACUAAAGGAUUAUGAGGUUGAAGGCGUUGAGAACAUAAACCUUGUCCCAGAUAUUCAACGUGAAGGGUUGAGCCGAGGCUUUGCAUUUGUUGAGUUCUCCUGUCAUGGUGAUGCUAUGGUUGCAUACAAGAGGAUUCAGCAGCCUGAUGUUAUAUUUGGCCACCCUGAAAGGACUGCCAAAGUGGGCUUUGCGGAACCUCUAUGUGAGCCUGACCCUGAGGUCAUGGCCCAAGUGAAGUCAAUAUUUGUGGACGGGCUUCCACCUCAUUGGGAUGAGAAACAAAUUAGAGAGCAACUUAAAUGCUAUGGAGAAAUAUUACGUGUUGUUUUGGCCCGAAACAUGUCUACAGCCAAGCGAAAAGAUUUUGGAUUUGUUGAUUUCUCUAGCCAUGAGUCUGCUGUGGCAUGUGUUAAUGUUAUUAACAAUACACCACUGGAUGAUGGAAAUAUAAAGAUAAAAGUGAAAGCAAGACUUUCGAAUCCUUUGCCUAAAACACAAGCUGUGAAGGGUGGAAUAUGUGGUGGAUUUCGAAUUGGCUUUGCUGGCAGCAGCGGUUCAAGAUUUGGUAGGGAUUUUGGUCGCAGUGGACACUCAUUCAAUCAUGCAAAUUCGCAUCAUGACAGACAUCUUUAUGAUGGUGGACGUGGUCAAUCUGGCAGGAUGGGUUUCAAUGAACAUGACUAUGUUAAUCAAUAUAAGGAGUUUUCUGGACGAGAUGGCAGAAGGGGCUUGUUCAGAGGUGGCCAAUUUACAUAUGGUGGAGGUUAUGGAGUUGCUUCCCCAUCACCAAGACCCUAUGUUGAUAGAUCUUCGCAUGUUGCCCCUGAUAGAGGUCAUGGUAUGCCUGCUCCUUCUAGGAGACAUCCUAAUACUCCACAAGGACACUUUGAUGGGCCACACAGGAGCAGUCACUUUGAUGGUCCACACAGGAGUGGUCAUUUUGAUGGGCCACAUACGAGGGGUCACGUUGAUGGGCCAUAUACUAGGGGCCACUUUGAUGGGCCACAUUUGAGGGGUCACUUUGAUGGGCCACAUAUGAGGGAUCAAUUUGAUGAGCCACAAGCAAGGCAUCACUUAAAUGGCCCUCAGACGAGAGGUCACGUUGAUAGGCCACACAUGCGGGGUCACUUUGAUGGGCCUCACAUGCGGGGUCACUUUGACGGGCCUCACAUGGGCAGCCACUUUGAAGGACCUUCUUUUCAUGAUGAAUGUGAUAGAACACAAGGCAUGAAGCGCCCAUUUCAUAUGAGAGAGCAUGAUCCUGUUUAUUUGGAGCCUAGUAGACAGCGGCCACGAUUGAAUUAUAAUGACCCAACAGCUUCAUUUCACGGUAACCAUUACAGUGAUACUUAUGGAGCUGGCACAAGACCAUACCCUCAUGAAUUUUAUGGUCCUGAAUCUCAUUAUGGUCCACAUUCAUCUUACCAUGGGCCCAAUCAAUCAUAUGGUAGAAGGCGCUACUAUUAACCUCGAUAACUAUUGGUGGACAUGAAUCUUUAGGACGCACUGUUCAAGGACGGCCAAGUGGCUUGCUGCUAGAAAGACGUUGCAUAUUUAUUUUUUACUCUCUUGCCUUAUCUUGCUUUUCCUCUUAUUUUUAUCUUCUUUACCUAAUAGUUGUUGUUUAAGAAAAUUUGGGUAGGGGGAUUUCCCAAGUUUGAUGUUUGUAGUUUAGGACCUUAGGCAGUGGUUAUACUUAGAAAAUAGUAGUAAUUUGUGAUGGAGGUUUAGAGAGAUUUCCCCUUAAGCCUAGGCCUGGAUAGCUCGAAGAACUUUGUUAUGACUGUUCUUCUGAAAUUAAGAUGCUUGUAUGAUCAUGGUUAAUUUUGUCGUUUUAAGGAAUGAAGUUUGGUUAUUGGAAGUAAAAGAUUUGUGAUUUAGGAUGUUAACUUUUCUUGGGGAUACAAGAGUUAAGAUUAAUCCUGCAGAUUGAAACAUGGAGAUUAAACUUUCAGUUUAGAUUGGGCACCAGAAAUUUUAGCUUAUCAUGGAGUUAUAGUACUUGACACCAAGGAGAUAAUAAAUCAUGUUAAAGGCUUUCCAUGUUGCAUGGAACUGUUACGCUAGAUGUCUACUAGAGUUUUUGUUCAUAUUUUUCUGAGGGAAGGGAGCAGCCACCAGUUGGAAAAGAAUUGUGCAAAUGAAUUUUGUUCAAUGCUCAUUUGCGAUUAGCAUAACUGAUGGAUCAGGUCAUAUGGUGUCCAAUUAAUCACAUUUACAUAUAUAGUUGGAAUUGUGGAAAAUCCCGGAGGUAUUUUUUCUGUAGCACCAGUUUAUGUGGUUUAGAUCGGAUCAAUUGUUUCCAGGUGAAAAGUAUAGGUGGCUUCUUUUGAAGGUCAUUUAGAACUAUUGUUGUUGUCCUUGAGCUAUGGAUGGAAACUUGGGAAUAGUAAAGUACAACAUGUUUGUUGGGGUUUCACUAAGCGAUCUCUAGUUCUAAGCAUGUUUUGGACGAUGUUUGCCUGUUGUAGGUUUUAUUUUUAUUUUAAUUUUAAAGCAAGUGAGGAUAGGAUCCUAAACAUGCUAGAUUGGGUUCAUAAUUGAAGGUCAAUGUUUGUGGUUUGGGUUUGUAUUUUUGCAAUAAUGUUCUAGGUGGAUUUCAGUAGGACUUUAGACUUUCUGGUACUAUUAUAGUUCGGCAAAUGCUGGCCAUUUACUUCUGUGAUAUUUUAGGGUCAGAACCGUGGUGUUACAUGGCUAUCCUCGUAGGUUUAACAAUUUGAAUGCUUUUUAUAAUUUGGUGUUUGAUGGCCUUGGGGAUACUUGUGAUUUGCAAAUUAGACCUCUUGUUAUCCAUCCCACUUCUAAUCUGUUCUUAUUGCAUGCCUAUCGAUAGAUGCAUCAUCUAAAUGUAUCCUUUUGGUAACAGCCAUUGAGACAUAAGGAAUCCUUUUUAGGGAAAUAUGACCACAUAUCUUGCUGUGAACAUAGUUAAUGUUAUAUGCGGUGCAGCAGCUAAUGUGUAUAUAUGAAUCUUCUGGUUUGGAGGUAGCAUAAAAGUGAAAGUUCUUAAAAGUUAAAACUUCCCUUUUUAUUUUUGAGCCAAAUAGAACAGUGCAAUUGUAUGUAACUUCCAAAGCUUACUCUUUGGUAUAAUUACUGCCGCAUUUUUUUUUUUGAUUUGGAGGUUAAAUUUGUGGUAGUCCUGAAGAUCGUGUGCAGGAAACUUGGACGUCAGAUGAUGUUUUUCCAAGUAGACUUGUUCCUCUCCACUCUUGGCCGCAGUGAAUUUUCUUUUAAUUAUUCCAUUCAUUUCUGCAUUUUUGUCCCGAAUGAAAACUGCGUUUUGCAAACAAAUUUGUAUGUUGAAUAAGAUCUGUAUGCUAUAUUUAUUGUCAUUAACUCAUUAGCUUAGAAAAAUAGUUGAAUACUUGUAUAGGUCGAAUGGAAUAUAAGAAUACUGGUUGAUGAGCCCCAGGGGUCCUAUCACUCCAUCUCUCUUUACUUGAACGGUUUGGUGCAAGCGUCUCGGACUCUCGGGAAUCAUAUUUCAUAAAUAAAGAGAAGUGAAAUCACAGUUCCUAUU